AUGGAGACCAUAUUUGGUUCUUCCAUGGGCACUGGUAGGUUUGCCCUAGGUUCCAGUGAGCCACUUGGGGUGAACAAUGUUGAUAGUGUUGCUGCUAAGAUUAAGGGUCAGGGCUUCACCACUGGGGCUGAUGUCAAAUGCAGCCCUAAGAUGGCCUCUGCAUUUAGAGAGACUAGGCCUUCACAUGUGGAUCCUGACCUCUAUCUUGCAGUGAUGGAGAUGCCUGGCUUCACCACUGAAGCUUUCAUUGUUGCCUACACCUACCUUCUAAAAAACAAGGUCCUUGGCAAGGGCUUUGUGAACAUGGCAAUCAACCAUUGGGACAUUUGGCUGAGGAACUACCUUGCCAAGAACAACUAUAUAUAG